CAGCCUAUAAAGGUGCCUACUGAUGGACGCGGCAAACGCGGCAGUUCAGAAAGAACUAGAUUCUAGGGGCUUCUAAUUCCAUGCCGCCAGCCGCGUGAACGCGGCGUUGUUGCAUUUGCCGCGUCCAUCGUAGGCACCUUAACCUCUAUUCUUCAACACAAACUUCAAAGAAAAAUAUCUCGAUUAUAAUUUUAAUAUCAUUGUCGGCAUUGUAAUUAAUUUAAUCAGCAAAUCAUGUCAGUGAAAAUAAAAAUGCAUGAGUGGUUAGUGCAGUGCACUCAUGUAAUGGCAGAAGCUGAUCGAUGUGACAAGCUGCUUGGAUCAUUAGCUUUGUUAUUAGCUAAAAAAAAUAAACGAGACAAGAAAAAGAAAUGUUUCUGGGUUGCGCCAAUUUUUAAAAAACGCUAUGAGCAUGGUUUUUACCAUGCCUUGCUGCCAACAUUGCGAUUGGAAGAUUUGCGCUUUCAUAAUUAUUUUCGGAUGUCAACUGUGCAAUAUGAAGAAUUGUUAACCAUUGUAGGCCCACAUCUAGAGAGACAGUACGUCGUGCGAGAGCCGAUAAGUGCAGCAGAACGAUUGACGUUAACAUUAUGAUUUCUGGCAGCUGAUGACUCCAUGUCUUCAAUGACAUAUCAAUAUUUGGUAGGUUUGACUACUGUAAGCAAUAUUAUUGCUACAACGUGCCAAAUUAUUUGGGAACAGCUGUGUCCUUUGGUUCUCCCAUCUCAACUACUCGAAGAUGACUGGCGGAGCAUCGCAGAAGAUUUUGAGGACAUAUGGGACUUUCCACAUUGCAUUGGAGCAAUCGACGGAAAGCAUGUAAUCAAUGUCCAGACAAUGCUGGCUCCAAUUUUUACAACUACAAAAACAGUCAUAGCAUUGUGCUAUUAGCUGUUUGUGAUGCUAAUUAUAUUUUCCGAUUCGUCGACAUUGGUGCAUAUGGCAGGCGAAGUGAUGGAGGCAUUUUUCGCGAAAGCCGGUUUGGACAACAAUUCGAUGCAGGAAAAAUGAAUAUUCCAAAACCAGAUCGUUUUUAUAAAAGUUUUUAUAAAGGAGGACCGGAUUUGCCUUAUUGCAUUGUCGGGGAUGAAGCCUUCCCACUAAAAUCAUAUUUGCUACGGCCAUACUCCGGCAAAAAUAACCUGACCGCUGAACAAAGCAUUUAUAAUUAUAGACUCAGCAGAGCCAGGCGAGUAAUCGAAAACUCUUUCGGAAUACUUGCUAGCCAGUGGCGAGUUUACCGAAAACCAAUUAUUAGUAGCGUGGAAACUGCAAUGAAAAUUGUGCAAGGUACAAUCUGCAUUCAUAACUGGCUCCGCAGGAAUAACAUGGAAAAAAAUGAUUAUAUUUCACCAGGCAUGCUGGAUAGAGAGACGGCAGAAGGUGAUCAAGUACAAGGUUCGUGGAGGACGAUUAUGGAAGAUGGUUGUGCAUUUGUGGACAUCUCCAAAUGUAGCACAAACACAAGUACUCGGAAUGCCAUGCUCAUUAGAGAUGAAUUUUGUAAAUAUUUUAAUAAUGAAGGCGCAGUGGCAUGGCAAAACGAUAAAUAAUUACACAUGAAACUUUCUAUUGAUUUUUGAAGAAAUUUGGUGUAUUUGAAUUCAGCACAAACAAAAUGUAUGUGUGUGUGUGUGUGUGUGUUUAGUGUGCUACUAAAAAUACAAUUUUUUAAUUAUUAUAUUUAUUAUUAUUAUGUAUUAUUACUAUUAUUGUCACGCAAUUCUGUAUAUAAAAGCUGAUGAAUUUUCAACAUUAUGUGGCGUCUGCGGGCUGGUAAUAUCUCCCUUAGCUGGCAGCCGAUCAUAGAAGUAAAAUUAUCUAUCUCAUCGAGGACAAGAGGAGUUGGUAAUGCUGGUCGCGGAGUUUGCAAAGCCUCCGCUAUCUGUUUCAUAACGUCUUGUUCAUUGUCUUUUUUUCGUUUUCUAUUCACUUCUGAAAAUAAAAGAAUUUAUACAUUUUACAUUAUUGAAAAAAAAUUGAUGUAGCUGUAAUAGUACUAACAAGUGAAAUAUUAAUUUUGUAUAAUUUUCAUACAAUAUAUAAAAAUAUAUAUGUCGUUUAAUAAUCAAAGCUUCCUACGAUGAUAGGAAAAGAAAAUAGAAAUUUGAGUACAA